AUGAAAAAGAUCCAAGGGACAGGAUCACAGGGCAAGAGUUGGGAUCAUAAUGGACCAUCGACGAAGAAGCUUCAAGGUGAAAGAACAUCGGCGACGGAGUUGAACGAGUUGAACGCUCGAACGGGCAAAUUAGCGAGAAGAAACAACCGAGUGAAGGACCGCGAGAUUGUCGAAGUCGUCCCGUGGAAAUGGAUGACUUGA